AAACUUAUCAAUUACAGCUGUUAUUACAGCUGCUUCAAAGCUUAACAAUUAAUAUUUAUGUAGCUUAAAAUACAUAUAACAUGUAGUAUGUAUGUAUGUGUGUAUGUUUAUCGAAGUUACAUACAUACCUACACUAGAUAUGGAAACACUACCACGACAUACUCUCCGACCUAUGCCUAACUACAUGUCAUAUUUGCUGGAACCACUGCAACAAUGCGUAGCUUGAAUCUAACCUAUCAAAUGUAUUCCGUCUAAUAAAGAUCAUAGUAAUUUUUUUAUUGCUUCUAUAUGAUCUAAUAUUAUAUAAAACAUAAUACAAUAAAGUAUUAGCUAGAUGCUAUACGAUAUCUGUUAGACAUGUCAGUUUAAAUAAUAGUCAUAAUAAUCUCAGUGGUGCAUUUGUGUAUAACGAAACGUCAAAAAAUAUAAUAUUUCGAAGAUGUCUGGAAACAAGUGCAGAAACUGUGGGUCUACGGACAUUGAAACUGAUCCAUCCAGAGGAGAUGCAGUUUGUACAGAAUGUGGUUUUGUAUUGGAAGAUCAGCUUAUUGUCAGUGAAACUGCAUUUAAAGAAACACCAUCUGGAAAUAUGAUGGUGCUUGGUCAAUUUGUUGCAAAUGAUAGUACUGGUGGAGCUACAGGUUUUGGAGCAGCAUAUCAUGUGAAUGGAAAAGAAUCAAGAGGAAUAACUUUACAAAAUGCAAGAAAAGGAAUAACUCAUUUAUGUAUGCAGUUGCGUUUGAACCAGCAUUGCAUCGAUACAUCCAUGAAUUUUUAUAAAAUGGCGUUAAAUCAACAUUUAACUAGAGGAAGAAAACAAGCUCACAAUCAUGCGGCUUGUGUUUAUAUUACUUGUCGUACCGAGGGCACUGCACAUAUGCUUAUUGACAUCAGUGAUGUGCUUCAAAUUUGUGUGUAUGAAUUGGGACGCACAUAUCUACGGUUUACUCAAGCUCUGUGCAUCAAUAUACCUUCAGCAGAUCCGUGUUUAUACAUCAUGAGAUUUGCAAAUAAACUAGAAUUUGGUGAUAAAACCCAUGAAGUAUCCAUGACCGCCAUACGAGUUGUUCAAAGGAUGAAGAGGGAUAGCAUUCACAGCGGACGGAAACCAUCCGGAUUGUGUGGAGCAGCUUUGCUGAUGGCUGCCCGGUUACAUGAAUUCAACAGGUCCCCCACAGAUAUUAUCAAAAUCGUAAAAGUACACGAAACUACGUUGCGAAAAAGGCUUAUAGAAUUCGGCGACACCCCGUCUAGUGCAUUGACUCUUGAAGAGUUUAUGACCGUCGAUUUAGAAGAGGAACAAGAUCCACCGGCUUUCAAAGCCGCGCGGAAAAAGGACCGGGAGCGAUUGCAAAGGUUAGAAAAUAUAGAUACAGAGAUAAAUGAGUUGCAAGCCGAGAUUGAUAAACAUUUAGAAGAUCGUAAAGUAGGACGACCAAAAAAGCGGAAAAAUGCCGAAUGUAUAGAGAGAGAAGACACGGAACGAUUUGUUCAAGAAAGUAAUUUAGACGUAAUUAAACAUUAUGUGGAAAAUAACGUCGACGAUCCCGACAGCGAAAGUCACGACUCUGAGAUGAAUAGUAGCAGUCGUAAUUUAAUUACUGGUCUUGGUCCAAAUAUUGCUUCCAUAAUAUCGACAACUGAGAGAGAACAAGAUGGAAAGGAUCAAUCAAAUAUAACAUUUGAUACUAAUUCGGGUGAAAUCGACAUUGCUGAUUUGGAUGAUGAUGAAUUAGAUACUUACAUCAUGUCGGAAAAGGAGGCGCAGUUUAAGCAUUCAUUAUGGAAUAGAGUGAAUUCUGUAUACCUAACUCAACAAAAAGAAAAAGAGGAAAGGCGGCAGAAAGAAAAAGAAGAAGGUAAGCCAGAAAAGAAAAGGCGGCGGACCACUAAACGUAACAAAAAUCAGGCACCGGCAAAUACUGCAGGAGAAGCAAUAGAAAAAAUGUUACAAGAAAAGAAGAUUUCAUCUAAAAUUAAUUAUGACGUGUUAAAGAGUUUAAACGUUACUGUAAACUCGUCAAGCAAGGAGUUACAAAAAACUAGAGAAAUUGUUCAUGCUAAAGAAGAAACAGAUAAUGCCUCGAGUUCCAGUAGAACACAGGGGCUUCUUAAUUCACUAAAAUUGGAAGAUAAACCUGUAACAUCAACAGGAAGAUCUCGAUCAGGUAAAUCAUCGGAAGUAGCAGUGAUGAAGAAAGAAAAUGUACAAAUACCUAUUGAAUCACAAGCCGAGGUCACAGUGGAGUCUGUGCUUUCAAAAACAGAGAUUUGCGAUAUGGAUGAAACUGAUGAUUAUAUCGAUGAGGAUGCUGAAGCAGAAGCUGAUGCUGAUCCUACAGAGAUGACUGUUGGACAAAUGCUGGAACAGCAUGGAUCCGAAGAAGAAAAUGAUUAUGGAUAUGGAUAUGAAGACGAAGACUAUUAAGUAUUUAUAAUUUUAUAAGCUAUUAUUUAUUGCGAUUUUAGCGCGCUAUUAGAUCUUAAUCAAUACACUGCAGAUUUUUAUGCAUUUAUGGCAAGUGCAGAGUAGUAAAAUGCAAGAAGACGUAUAUAUAUUAAUAGUCUUUUUAUUCUAUUUUUACAAUAAAAAAUCCUUUAAACGAUAAAGGAAACUUUUUUCAAUUCCAAUUUCUGUAAAAUAUAUGAAAAUGAGAAUUUGCAUAAAGAUCCGCCAAUGAAUUAGACAUGACUAUAUUUUGUCAUGUAUGUAUGUACAAAAGAAAGCAUUUAAUAAACAUCAUUCACGAUAUCGAUUCA